CUGGGAGUCUGUUCCUGUAGUACAGAGCGGCUUUUGUGUUUGUUAUGGACCAAUUUGUACUGCAUGGCAAGUGUUUAUAUUUGCAUUUUGUGUGGUGUGGGUCUCUGAAAAUCAAAAUUCAGAUAGGAAAUUUGCCCAACUCCAUGUCCAACUCCAACUCGGCGGACGGGAAGCGACCUCCGGAACGCAAAGAAAGAGAUGGCGAGCUUCUUUCGGAUCACUGAUUCUCAGUCCGUCUUCGCUGCAAACAGGUUGUGAAAAUCCGGACACUCUCGUUAGAUUACAUUUUUAUCAAAACCUUCUAGCAGCACUUUUGUAUACAGUUCGGCCUCGGCAGCGUGUUUUUUUUACAACUUCGAUGCUCAUGAUUCAGUGCGGAGCAUAAUUUUCGGGCAGUCGCUCUGUCCUGCAACGUUGAUACCAUUUUUUUCUGCAUCGCUUCUGACACGACAUACAGUAGAGUAAGUAGUCACGCACAACAAGUAUGGCAGCAAUGACAAAGAAACUACGCGAACAAAUCACGUUCGCGAAAAUCCCCUGCUAGUUGCAGCGGAACUCUUUUCAGUAGAUUGUCGUCGUAGGCGUAGUGUUCAACUGUCGCGGACAUCUUCAGCGGGAUGUAGAACUUCUGCACACACUGCAUGCAGCUACCACGACUCGGUAUCGUGCAACUCUGUGGGACUGUUUGGCCCGUGCUUCAUUUCGUAGAACAGACAACAUUGUCGGUCAAGGAACGUUGUUCGUAGAUAGAUUGC